AUGGCGCUGCACACACUUGUGGGCAUAAAUCUCACCCGUUUGUUACCUAAGAGUUUGUUCUCUCCGGCGAUUUUCAAAACUCGAUAUUCCCUCGCCGUCUCCGCUUUCUCCACCGCCUGUGAGACCAAACGCUCUACUUCUCCGGUUUACUAUUUGUUGGCGCACAAGCACCGUUUGUCUCAUGCUGUGGCUUCACGCGUCGCCUCCGUUUUAGAUCCUUUCGGCUGCCAGAAAAAAUACGGUUCGGUACUCACUUUCUUCGUGCAGAUGAGCUUCACGAAAGCCCAGCUGGAGAAAAUCUCGAAUGUCCGGCCCCACCUACUCGCCGCCGAUCUUAAGGGUACCAUCAAGCCCAAGAUCGAGAUAUUCGAGGACCUAGGCUUCUCCUCGGAAGAAAUUGCCGCCAUAGUGUCAAAACAGCCACUGAUUCUGCACACCAGCCUGUAUAAAAGAAUCAUCCCCGCAUUGGCCUGGUUAAAGGGCAUGUUGGGUUCGAAUGAGAAAGUGGCCAGGGUUCUGAGAGAUAAUGGUCGGCUGCUGACGACCGAUCUUGAAAAACACGUUUUGCCCAACUUCCGGAUCUUGAUGAGCCAUGGGAUGACAGAAGACGAGGUCGCCAGGCUCAUCUAUGUUUACCCGCGGGUCAUACUGUGCAAUCGAGAAACUCUUAGGAGAUGCUUGGACACCAAAGACAAAAUGGGCAUUUCCUGGAGUUCAAAAAUGUCCGUUUAUGCUGUCGGGGUCAUUUGCUCGAUGCCCAACGGGAGUUGGGAACGCAAGCUGCUGGCUUUUCAGGAAAUUUUUGAAUUCUCGAACGACGAAAUGAUUAGGAUUUUGAGGCAGACCCCCACGAUUUUCCGCGUUUCGGAAGAUAAGAUGAGAAAGGUGAAACAGAUAGUGCUCGGGACUAGGAAAUAUGAUACAUCAUCGAUUGCUGCAUAUCCGAGGGCACUCAUGUGCAGCAUCGAGAGGCGGCUGAAGCCGAGGUUUGAGGUUCUGGGGAAGCUGGAGAGUAAGGGCCUGAUCGAGGAGUGGCUUUCUCUCGGAUAUGUUUGCCGAUUGACAGAUGAGAAGUUUUGUGAGGUAUAUGUGGAACCAUAUAUGAGUGAAAUUGGUGAGGACUUUUACCUAGAGCACUCGGUUGCAAAAGAGAAACACAACUCACUUAAGCAGGUUAACGGCGUGGAUAUUUUUCUCAGGCAUGUUUCUUUGUGGGGUGGAGAGAUGGCGGUGCAAACACUUGUGGGCAUAAAUCUCACCCGUUUGUUACCGGAGAAUUUGUUAUCUCCGGCGAUUUUCAAAACUCGAUGUUCCCUCUCCGUCUCCGAUUUCUCUACCGCCUGUGAGACCGAGCCCUCUACUUCUUCGGUUUACUAUUUGUUGGCGCACAAGCACCGUUUGUCUCAUGAUGUGGCUUCUCGCGCCGCCUCCGUUUUAAGUCCCGUGGGCCGCCAGAAAAAAUACGAUUCAGUACUCGCCUUCUUCGUACAGAUGGGCUUCACGAAAGCCCAGCUGGAAAGAACCUUGAAUCUCCGUCCUCACCUGCUCGCCGCCGAUCUUGAGGGAACCAUCAAGCCCAAGAUCAAGAUAUUCAAGGACCUAGGCUUCUCCUCGGAAGAAAUUGCCGCCAUAGUGUCGAAAGAGCCCGUGAUUCUGCACGUCAGCCUGAUAAAUAAAAUCAUCCCCGCAUUGUCCUGGUUAAAGGGCAUGCUGGGUUCGAGUAAGAAAGUGGCCCGGGUUCUGAGAGAUAAUGGUCGGCUGCUUUUGACCGAUUUUGAAAAACACAUUUUGCCCAAUAUCCGGAUCCUGAUGAGCCAUGGGAUGACAAAAGACGAUGUCGCCAGGCUCAUCUAUGUUUACCCGCGGGUCAUACUGUACAAUCCAGAAACUCUUAUCAGAUGCUUGGACACCAAAGACAAAAUGGGCAUUUCUUGGAGUUCAAAAAUGUCCGUUUAUGCUGUCGGGGUCAUUUGCUCGAUGCCCAACGGGAGUUGGGAACGCAAGCUGCUGGCUUUUCAGGAAAUUCUCGAAUUCUCGAAGUUCGAAAUGAUUAGGACUUUAAAACGGGACCCCAAGGUUUUCUGUGUUUCUGAAGAUAAGAUGAGAAAGGUGAAACAGAUUUUGCUGGGGACUGGGAAAUAUGAUAAAUCAUCGAUUGCUGAAUAUCCGAAGUCACUAAUGUUCAGCAUCGAGAGGCGGCUGAAGCCGAGGUUUGAGGUUCUGGGGAAGCUGGAGAGUAAGGGCCUGAUCAAGGAGUGGCCUUCUCUCAGUGAUGUUUGCCGAUUGGCAGACGAGAAGUUUUUUGAGGAAUAUGUGGAAUCAUACAUGAGUGAAAUUGGUGAGGAUUAUUUGGGGAAGAGAGCACUCGAUUGCAAAAGAGAGGCGAAGCUCGUGGAUGUUCAUUUGUGGGGUGGAGAG